AUGAUCUAUUAAAUUAUCAAUAUAUUAAACAAUGCUAAUUUAGAAAAUUGUUUAUUUAUGUUUAAAGAUUUGAAGUGUAUAUUCUAAAAAUAAAAGCAUUAUGUUAUUCCAAAUAAGAAUAUCAAUAGUGUAUUUAGAAUGCAUAUUGCUAUUUUUUCAUUUUAAUUCAUAUUCAAUGAAAAAUUUGCAGAAAUUAUUUAAAAAGGAAUCAAAAACAAUCGAUCAUAAUUACUUAAUAAUAAGCGAAAGAAUAUGGCAGUAUUGGCUUUCAAAUUAAAAUAAAAGGUAAACAAUAAAAUUAUGGCAAAUAAUGCUAUGUUACAUAUUGUAACGAAAUAAGGGCUCAACUCUCUUAAAAUUGAAUUGAAAAUAAAAGUUAAUAUUGGUAUUUCAGAAUCGCAAAUUUAAGAUGCAAUCAUAAAAAGUUCAAUUAAGUAAAUUGGAAUGAUAAAGUAUUGA